AUGCUAAGUCAUAUAUAUAGAAAACCGCAAGAAACCGAGCCAAAAUCGAUUCUAAUUUUUCGACCUUUUAGUCAAGAUUUUACCAUUUCGUGUUCAUUAUUUUACGAUUACGAUGGAAUAAAUUCGACCAGUUGCGAUCAAUAUGUUACACAACCAACAAAUAUCCAUUUUCAAGAUUUUCCUUUUGUUGGAACCUUUUCACCAAAAGGAAAUGUAAUGCUGGCCAGAUAUGAUGAUGAUACAAGUCCACAUUUUGUUCAACUUUAUGUAAAUAUCAAGGAUCCAAAAUUUAAUAAUGACACCCGAGAACUUAGGAUGACUGCGUAUGAUGCAGAAAAUGAAUAUGUAUAUGAUACUGAGCGUAAAUAUUUUGAUCCUUCGCUGUCUCCAUAUGAAGAGUCACUUUUCUAUAUGAAUAAGUAUACUUUAACGGGAAAUCUUUUGUUUAAACUAGGAUACUCUAGGAAAACCAGAAAGACGUUGAUUCCGACGUUUUUGAAUUACGUGGGCAUUCCAUCUGAAAAUUACUUUACACAACAUUAUAUUGAAUCAACUAUACAGGAUAUCCCGGCGCAGCCUUCUAAUACAGCUUUCCUGACUGUACGUAUUAGUCCACAUAACUUUAUUACAGAAGAGGAACAAGAGCAAAGGCACAGUACCUUGUUGGCCGCAUUAGGAACCAUAGCCGCAUACUACAGUUCUGUUGUAUUCAUUUAUGUCUUUUUAUUUGGGGUUGAGUCCAUGAAGCCAUGGGGUUUUAUACAUACCGGAUGCUGCGGAUUCAGAAGGGAGACCAAAGUUAGCCUCAUACCAAUUUUGGAGUCUGGCACGAAAGAACAACUCAAGAAUUCUAAGAGUUCUGCAGUGACCGAGACUCCUACAGAACCCGGGAGUUCUACAGCACCUGAGAUACUCUCGGAAAGAAUUAGAAAAUUAGAAAGUUUUAGAAUAUUUCUUGAAGAUUUUGUUGUUGAUACUUCAUUAUUAGAAUCCGUUAAAAAGGAGCAAAAAAGGCGUCAACAACUGGAAAAACAGCCGCCACGGGAAGAAGUGUAA